CUUAACCUUAUCGAUGUCGUCGACCCUGUUGAUGUUGAGGAGGCCCUUGCCCAACGCCGAACUUCUGCACUCUACGACAUUUCUUCCACAACUACAAGUCCAAGAAAAGUCAGCGAAUUUCCUGCUGACGACGUUGAGGUUCGUAUUGUACCUCGGGAGUGGACGACUAUUGACUCACCUAUUCCCACAGAAACCAAAGAACCAGUGAUUUACUGGCUUCUUGUUUUAAGCUUGAAAAUUGAACCUCAUGUUCGGGACAUUAUCUCGUCAUUCACGGACCAAUUUUCGUUAAUACAAAAGAGGUACCAGCAGUACGGUUCGGCUGAUGCGUAUGUUCGCAUGGUGACUGAGCGUCCUAUCAUUGUUCGUUCAACAAGCCGUCAAAUUUUUGAAGCGGAUGCCGGUCAUGCCGACCGAAUCGCAAGGAGUGUGAGCGUUGUCGGCGAUCAGGAUUCGUUUUCUAAAAGGCAGUCGUGUGCAUCCACGGCAUCCUCCGGCACCAUGGGUUCAGCAGAAGGAGAAUCGCGUGAAUCACGUCUUCAUCAGAGCCAGCCUGAUCCAACAAUUCCUGGUGUUUAUUACAGUAGACAAAACAUUUUUUCAGGUGUGAUUCAGCGAGCGAGUUUCUCCCACCUCGAUCAGUUGAGUGAUGCACGGCGACAGUCUGGACGCCACACGAAUCUCAUCAAUCUUCUUCCUCUUCAACACGAUUUAAUUAUCGAGAAAAGGACCACGCCUCCAUAUCCAGAGGAGAGACUGGGACAAAAAUUAAUUGUAAAAGUUGUCAAACUGACAAUGAACCCGUAUUUUGAACCAGUUUUCGGUUCUAUAACGAUUUACGAUGCAAAGGCUCGACGUAAAGUUAGUGAAAACUUUUAUUUCGACGUAAAUCCGGUCGAAAUAAGGCGGAUGAUCAACGAGAAAUCACAGUGUUUCGGUGAUACUCCGCGGUGUAACCAGGCGGCAUUUAGUAUCUCAUGUCCGCUAAUGGACCUAUUCAUGGUCAUUAAGCUUGAAAAAGUGUUGCAAGCAUGCGAAAUUACCGAUGCAUCCGAACCGUACACAAACUCGGCCGCCCGUGAUGACAGAUCACGUGAAAAGUUGUUUGCAACGGCCGUGGACUACUGUGAAAGAUUAGGAGCAUUCCGGAUGCCUCUUGGUUUCAUGAUUGUUGAUCUGCAAAAAGUGUUAGUGGGUGCGAAUUCACUUGAACGUUCAGAAAUGAACAUCUCGACGAUGACCACAGGAUCGAUGACCACCACUACAGGUGAACCGACUGCUCCUCUGGCCAGUAUUUCUGGCGAAACCGAUAGCAUAGUUAGUGCUGAUCGUGUUUCAACAUCGUCGACAUCGACAUUUCGAAGGAUGGGUAGUGGAACCUCAGCUUCUGCGAUGCUAAAUCGUGUUCGUACACCACUUCAACGACGCAAAUUCCUUGGUGGAGGUGGUGGCGGAGGCAAUGACGACUCGAACACCGUGGAUGGUUCUGCUGUAGAAAAAUCGUUGGAAACGAAUUUGGCAAACCUUCAACCAGUUCUGCUAAAUCUUAACUCGUUUUUUCGACAGGAAGCAGAACGUCUAAGUGAUGAAGACCUGUACAAACUGUUAGCCGAUGCCCGGCGACCUGGAGGGAAACUGUCUCGAUUGAAAACCUUUACUGCAGAUUUGUCUAUCCAAUUGUCGGGUGGUACAGCAGAGGAGCUGUUAAUGCGCCUUAGUCCUGAAAUGCUACGUGUAGCACCCUUCAAUGUAGGACCUGGUUCGGAGCUAACUAAAGACAUCCAGGAAUUCCCAGCAAAAGAUCUUACGCCUCGUCUUUGUCAGGUCUUUGAAUUUGUCUAUUCUUACAUAAUAUUAUUCGUUUGUUAUAGGAACUUACUAUAUAUCUAUCCGAAAUUUGCGAACUUAUCUAAUCGUCCCGGUACUGCCCGUAAUAUUUCAAUUAAAUUGGAUACUGAUUUUUUUCACUUUUUGGAUAAUUCGAAUUGCUCUUUCAGGACACCCCAUAUUGCGGAUGAGAUCAAGCUUCGUAUACCUGUUGAUCUAGAUGAUGGACAUCACUUAUUGUUUACUUUUUAUCACAUAUCGUGCAAACCAAACAACAAGGAUGAAGAAGUUGAAUUUCCUAUUGGAUACAGUUGGUUACCGUUAUUUCGAGAUGGCCGACUUACCACUGGUGACUUUAAUCUUCCAAUUUGUCUUGAUCGUCUACCUGCAAGUUACGGAUAUCUCUCUCCCGAUGUAGCGUUACCGAAUGUUCGUUGGCUUGACGGUCAUAGGCCGGCGUUUACUUUGAGUAUCACGGCUGUGAGCACUGUUCACCCUCAGGGAGUUACUAAGGCUCGUCCAGAACCAAUGGUUGCCUUUCUUUACAAUAUCCUAGACAAGUUAAUUGCUUUAAUUGCGAAUCGGCCAUACUCAGAAUCACUGUCAAGUGUCUGCUUCGAAACUCUCGGUCAAUUGGUAAAGAUAUGUACAAUGUUACUCGACUCCUGCUUAGAUUUUCAUGGUCGUAGUGCACUCUUAACAUCAUAUGUGCACUAUUUUAAAAUUGCUAUGAAAGAAUCGAGAGCGAGUUCACAGCUAUGCAAAGACUUGAUGGCUGAAAAGAACAAACCUGGUUCACCAGAAACUCAAAAGCUCUACCACAUUAUUGUUUUCUUUUUUGGUAAUUAUUUAGAAGACGUUGAGAAGUCGAACUGGCAUCAUCUACGCAUACCUGGAGAAGCUGUACCAAGCACAUCUAAUAAGGCAGUGCACGAGGAGCUAGCUCAGCUCUGGGUUCGUAGUGGUGGUUGCGCAAGAGAAAUGGCCUUUCUCAACGCGUGGUUCUUUCUUGAGCUCAUGGUCUGUGUUCCUUUUUGUAUUCCUACGAUUUUCUUACGGCUAUUUAUUAGUUUUAUCAGUUUUGAUACAAUUAAAUCUAUGGCGGAAUACCUUUCUAUGACAGGGCGCCUUUAUCUCACUAGACGAUCGCGGUUUAGUGAACGUUUUAUUAGAGAAGUUGAAGCAUUGUCGGCAGCCAUAAUCGCUGAGAGCAACAUGGAUGUGCCAGUAUAUUUGAAUUAUAUUGGUCAAUGUGAAUCUUGUUGGUUGACCUUUAUUAUGCAUGUGAUGGUUUACAGUUGUAUUGGUGAGCCGGCUGCAACUACUUUGAUGCUGCUCAAACUGGAUUUCAUGCGAAUUGUGAGCUCGCAUGAGCACUUCGUAAUCCUGAACCUUCCUUUUGGACCACCGCACAGUGUGCCGACUUCGUCGUCGUCUUCAUCUCUUGGGCUUUAUUCCAGUGGUGGAACCUCCGCGAUUCAGAUGCAGGCGCUUAGUCCAGAGUCUGUUAGUAUUGCAAGCAGGUCAACAACUACUACACUAGAUUCCUGGGGAUCACUAGGGUCUGGUGAGCUCACUUAUGAGUAUCGGAAGUGUCAUUAUCUUGUUGGUUUGGCCCUCGCUGAUCUGGCUUCUGUUCUUGAAUCGUCAAAUAGUGCUGUGCUUCAUUCACGAGCAAUUAGUGUUAUUCACAAUCUUCUGUUAACACAUGAAGCUGACAGUCGCCUGAGUGAUCCUUGCAUACGGGCUCGAAUUGCUGCUCUCUAUCUUCCUCUGAUUACAAUCGUUCUGGACGUAACAGAUCUUAUCCAUGAUCCAUUUGCUAAUUCAAACAGCAGUACAGUCCGAUUUUCGAGAGAAGAUCCACUCAACUUCUCGGUUUCUCCAGGUGUAAAUCCUAAGGUGGCGCUUGCAAUAGCUGGUAUUGGCUCAUCGUCGCCAGUACCUUGUACGCCAACUGGUGUUCGAAGACAAAAUGGAUUAGAACGGAGUUAUGUUGUGAUGAGAACCCUAUUUGUGCUUUCCCUUAUCGCACUGCAUUUAGUAUUUCAGCUUUUGGCAUGCUUUUGCUGGGUGUUGAAAAAUGUAGAGGGCUCUGCACUUCGUCACUGGGUGCGAGAACUUUCUCCAACACGCCUUUCUCAGUUACUGAAUGUUCUUCAUCUGUGUGUGUCAUGUUUUGAGUAUAAGGGAGGACAAUCGUCGGAUUUGGUGAAUGUCGUUAAUGAAUUAGACGAAACUUUGACUGAGUCCGUCGUGACACGUCGUGAUGGAGUGAAAUGGAGAGUAGGUCCCCCAUCUGCAGCUGGAAGUGAUUCGCGCCGAGCAAGUUCUUUGUUGUGCGAAGAUGAGGUGCUGCUGGAAGCUGCGUUGUGUACCGAAGUGGUUCUAUGUGUGUUAGAUAUGUUAGAGACAGUCAUUCGAGUGAUAUCCAUGCCUGGAAGUGACCAUUUGCACUUUGCGUUACCCAUGGUGCUUCGUGGAAUUAUGCACAUGUUUGCUUGUAAUCAGUCCGUUCAAGCUUUGGAAUGUAUUUUCGUGAGUCAACGAACGCUUGUUAAGAAGUUCUCCGACCUAAUUUUUGAACAAGAAGUUGAGCAAUGCGGAGAGUUGUGCCUACAGCUCUUGCGCCAUUGUGCAUCACGAUUGCCAGCCGUUCGCUCUCAGGUAUUAAAUGUUGUUAGCCUUUCUCUCACUAUACGGUUCUCUGUUUUAAUUCAUGGACCCUUUAAGUCUGCUGCUAGUCUUUAUCUUCUGAUGCGUGAGAGUUUCGAGAGUGGUAGCAGUUUAGCGAGGGUGAAGAUGCAAAUCACGAUGUCUUUAUCGACACUGGUCUCAAACGCGACUAAAGAGGGAGUGUGGCUAAAUGAAGAUUCCCUUAGGAGGAGUCUCAAGGUAAAGAUUUGGAACCGCUGCUUCAUCGUCGAAAUCUUUAAAAUCCUCUACUGUUUUCUUUCUUUACCUGACAUUUUAAUAGAGCAAAACACAGUAUUAAUUUACUCCGAAACCGAUGCCAAUACUGAUCCUCACACACGUGCAAACUCGAGCUUCUCAGAACAGGUGGAUACUGAUUUUAAAGUCAAAGACUUGGUUUUCAACAUACAUAUGAUCCUUUCGGAUACUGUGAAACUGAAGGAAUUUGCAAAUGAUUUCGAGAUGACAAUUGAUCUAAUGUACCGUGUUGCUAAAGGCUAUCAGACCAACCCAGAUUUGCGGUUUGUUGCACAUGAUCGUGAGCUUUAUUGUGAAGCGGGACAGUGUAUGCUCCAUGCAGCAGCAUUGGCCGCUGAGUACAUUGCAAUGGUAACAACGGAUGGCUUCAUGCCUCGAGGAGCAGUGGAUUUUAAGGAAAUCAGCGAUAACAUCUUAGAAGAAAGUGCCGUUAGUGACGACGUUCUUAGGUUUGAUGGCUUUCGAGUAAAUUUCACUACCUUGAAAGUGACUGUAGGUUGA